CACUGCCAGGCGCGUUUGUUUGUUUACAUUGGAGGGUCGAAGUUGGAGGGGACGUGCGUGUCUUUUCUCAGGAGCUUCUAUGCAUAAUCUUAGGCGGGAUGCUCCUUUUUCCCCCCGUGCAUUACUGUGUGGUCAUCACCGUGAGCUGCGGGUGUGAGGUGAAGGUGCGCCGUGCCGUUAAUUAACAAUAAGGUGCAUGACUCAAGGCCGCUCACCACAACAUUCCAGCCUCGCAAGGUCAAGGAACAUCCAUGAAUUUAUCUGGGAUGUAAUCAUAGACGACUUGGGAACCCUCAGAUAAUAACUUGCCUAGGAUGCGUGAGGCACCAAGGACAAGUUCUGCCAAGAGUUAUGGUGGUGGCAGUCGUAGGCGCCGAUGGGAAAUGAAGUCCAAGGAGUCAUUUGAAAGAUCACUGGCAGUGGAAGUGGACUCACCACAGAGAAGGACUCCACGCUAUAGGAGGGACUUCAGGAGGGAGCGAUCACCAGACUACCCUGAGGACAGGAAUCCUUUCUCUCAGAAGCAGCCCAGGUCAUCACCCCCUCAGGACUCAACCCACAAAAUGCCAUUCCCUCAGAACUCAACUCACAAGAGUGAAGCAGGUCACCAGGGUAGUGAGUCUGACCUUCUGUCUGCUAAGCUGUCUGCUCUAAUAGAAGAAGCAAGUGUGAAGUCUAAAGAUACUGAAAAGGGGUCACUAGGUGAUGUUAGAAGGGCAUCUUGGGGUCACCUGGAACAGACAACUGAGAAGAGCCCCGGGGAAACACAUAACACCAAUGAAAAACGAAGAGAAAGCCUGAAAGCUGUGCCAGAAAUCAUAUCACCCAUGGAUUGGAAUAAAGCACAAGUCCUUAAUGAUAAGUUUGAAACCAAAUCCUUGAAGGUAGCAGAAGAGAGCCCCAAGAUGAAAGUGAAAGAGGAGGAGGAGGAGGAGGAAGAUGCAAAGUCAGAUUAUUCUCCAUCAGCCCCACCUCUGUCCUCUCAAGAAACCAGCAGGAAACUUUCCUCUAGGAAAAAGAAAGGCCAUAGGAAGAGCUCUAACUCCAAGAUGCUGAUGGAAGGCAGCACAAGCAAGGAAUCCUACAUUAGCCUCCAGCUGCGAGAGAUGGAAGAGGAUGUGAUUGGCACAGCAAGAGGAGAUCCAUGUGUGCUUUCUGCUCCUGGCCUUCUUUUUAAUGCCACCAUCAACCCCUCGGGCACCAUCAGCACUAUCUACCAAGAGAAAGUGGGUGGCUUCGUUAUAGCAAGGAAUGAAAUGGAGGGCUUGCAGAGGAAGAAAGAAGAUCUCCGAGACAGCAGUCAGGUUCAAACACCAAGUUCCCAUGCCAUCUUUCUCCAGAGUGGAUUCAGAACAUUCUCAGUGUUGUGUCAAGGCCUCCUGGCAGGCAUAACUCUGGCACACUGUCUCAUGAUUUUCCUGCUGGAGAGUAACCCAAGCAGUCUCCCCGGGGUGUACCCGCCUAUUGUGGCUCACGUGUUCUUUGCCCUCAUCAUUUUCCUCUCAACUCUGUGCCUUGUGGCAGCCUUUGACAGGUGUGAUCUUGUUGGUGUGGGUGUGUUCUCCGGGCACGGUAUCAAGAUGCCCUGGACCCCAGCACUCUACAUUUCCUCUUUGAUUCUUUCUCUUGCGGCUAUUCGCACUGAAAACACCCUCAUCAACUUCAAAAAUUAUGUUGAUGAAGUUAUUUCCAAAGAGAAGGCAGUAGACCUUGUAGAGUGGUGGCGGUGGGUGUGUGUGGCACGCACCUCCCUCGCUGUGCUGGCCUGGCUGGCGGUGGUGCCUGAUCCCCACACUGAUGCUCUGCUUGACUCCCUCCAACACAGCCAUCACUAGUAGUUCCCCAGCAGCUUAGGGUCAGCUUUGCUCUGCCUGCCACAGCACAACUCAGUAGCGCCAACUCGAGGCCUGAUGCUGGUGUCCACUGCUUGCCCUGGUAGGUGAGAGGUUGGUCGUGAUGAAAUUUGCUGAUCCUCAUAAUGCCAUUCAGGUAAUAUUUUCUGCUGAGUGCCAUUUGUCAAUUUAUGAUGAUGAUCUUAUUGUGUUGAUUUUCUACUGAUUGUCAUUUUUGUGUUAGUUAUUGUGAGUCCAUUUCUUGCAUCAAGCAGAAUAAAAGUGAAUCACAUACUUGAGACUCAGGAAAAGUUAUAGUCCGCAAAGAAUAAAUUGCUCAGUAGUGCCGGGCUCAUCAACCACUGAAAAGAACUUAUUGGUGGUGGUGAGGACCGUGAUGGUGAUGAUAGUGAUGAAAGUGAUGAUGACAGAAUUUGUUGUUGUUAUGAAAAUAUUACCAGGGAGCACUAUUAGUAGACUAUUUAUAGCUUCUGAGGAUGACAGAGUUGGAGUUUUGUGUCACUCAAUCAACACCUUACGGCAUUCACACCAACAUCAAAAUGUUCAAAUAGCAGUCAGUUUUGUGCCAUCAUUCGCAAGUUGAGCAUCAACCAUGCUGGUUGGCAUCAAACCAUAUCCUUGUGUAUGAUGAUUUGUCAUGGAAAACAUUAAAAUAAGAUAGUUGAAGAGACCCAUAGGCUGUUGAUAAAUAUAAGACUGGCUUUCAACUACAUGGAUGAAGAUAUGAUGAAAUUGAUAGUGGCUUUGGUCUGUCCCAGACUGGAAUAUGCAUCAGUACUGAUAAGAAAGAUAUAACAAAGAUGAAGAGAAUGCAAUGAGCAAUAACCAAGAUUGUCUCCUUAAUGGACUUAAUUUGCAAGGAAAGAAUUGGGCAUUAAAGUUAAUAACAGUAAUUGAGAAAUCUGUUUGUGUGGAAUAGGAGAUCAACGAGGGGACAUGAAAAGAAAUUGAAAAAGACAAGAUGCUAGAAGGAUAUAAAGAAAUACAGUUUCCCACAUGGAUGCAUUGAACUGUGAAACAGCCUGGACAAUGAGAUCGUCCAGUCAAAAAACUUAAAUGAAUUCAAAGACAAAGUUUACUUACUGAGACUGAGACGGGACCCCACAAGUGUAUCUCAUUUCCUUAUAUCACGACUAGGUAGAUACACUGGAUAGAUAGAUACACAGUAUUGUCAACCACUACCUCACCCUCAGUUCAUCCACUACAUCAGGUGUGUUGUUGUGUUCCCUUCACAACUUAUGUCAGAAGAGCACAACGAAAGAUAGGUAGAUGUACCAUUUUUUUAUUGCAAUAACGAUUUUAUUAUUAAUAUGGCUUUUUUUAGUCAUAAUGUCUUUAUUCAUAAUAGUAUAUUUUCACUUUAUGUAUGUAAUUUAUUAAAAUGCAGUACUAGUGUUAACAGAUGUUGUGAUGAAUAUAUCAUCUGUAAAGUCUGUGAUGUUAAUAAGACCUGUUGUGACAUGAUGCCUUCUGUAGAUUGAGCAGCGUGAAGACAAAACAUUUGUGCAUGUGUUGGACGUGUGACCACGGGGGGAUCACCCAAACAAACCUCAAAGUAACAUUUUAAAUCACAACUUCAUUAACCUCCAUUUUGUAUUUUCAGCAACAGAAAGUAUUGUAUGUGUUGCUGAGGAAAGUUGUGAUGUUUUGAUCUCAUUACCUCUAGAAAAAGUUCGAUUUGCAUAAUAACUAUAUAAUUGAAUUCUUUAAAUGUUUUACUGAUAAGUUUACUAUUAAGUGAUUUUCUUUUGAUUCAAGAAACUACAUGUAGAAUUAUAUGCCUUACAUUUGUCAGUAUUCUUUAGAAAAUGGUACCAAGCACUUAGGGAUGUUAUUAGUUUACACUUAACCAGUUCAGUAACAGAAACUCUGUGAACAAGACAAGACACUACUGCAGAAUGUGAGUUUGAUUUUGCAGUUUUAUUGGACCAGUGAGAGGA